AAAGUCAUCAAGCACCGCGUUUGCCAACGUUUAGCAGUAAAAAUUUUCAAUUAACUUUUUGGUGAAUUUACGCGUUUUCGCGAUGCCCAGCAGCGACGCAGAAAAUGACUCUAGCAAUAGCUCGAGCAGCAGCAAUAGUAGCAGCGCCAGCGGCUCAAGCAGCAGCUCCAGCAAUGAAAGUGCAAGUGAUGCUGGCACCAAUGGCAGUGCCAGCCGGCCAAGUGAAAAGGAAGAAGGAGAACUAGACGCAACGGCAGCUGACCAGCCUGAAGAAGAACAGGGCCAGCAGGAAGAGAAGCUCACACGACAAGAUCGUGAAAAGGAACAGUCGCCGCUGCUUGAACAAAGCACAUCGGAUUCGACUGACACGUCUGCGAAGCAAAACGAAGCAGAUGCAGAUGCAGAACCGACAGCUGAGACGCAAGCAGAUAAAACUAUAGAAGAAGAUGCCGAGAACAACACUACAGUGCAUACUAAUGGAAAUACUAAAGAGAAGACGCCAGACUCGGAUGCGGCGGACAAUAUAGAAGAGGGUGAAAUAAGCGAUAGAGACGACGAUGAUGUCCCGGUGAUAAGAUCCACAGUAGCAGUAGUUAAGCCGCAAAUUGCAAGCCAAGUGCGUAAACGCAGUCGUAGCGCUAACAGACGUCGCAGCCGCAGUCGCAGUCAUAGUCGACGUAAAAAACGCAGUCGCAGCUUGAGCGCACAACGUCCACGUUCCAGUUCAGUGGAGAGACGACGCAUUGAGCGUCAAAAGCGCCACGAAGAGCGCGAUAAACGCGAUGGACAGCGACAACGCGAGCGUGAGCAGCGGCAUCAGCGUGAAGGUUCUAAGCGUAAGGAUCGCGCUCCAAGCGCAGAGCAUGAGGAUAACGCCACUGUCAGCGUGCCAGCAGCUAAGAUAAGCGAGCGUCAGCGUCGCACAGUGGACGUGUUGACGUCACGCACGGGUGGAGCCUAUAUACCGCCGGCUAAACUGCGCCUAAUGCAGGCGGAGAUUACCGACAAAGCUUCGGCCGCAUAUCAGCGCAUAGCUUGGGAAGCGCUUAAGAAAUCCAUACAUGGUUACAUCAACAAAGUGAAUGUAACCAACAUAGCCAUUAUAACACGCGAACUUCUGCGCGAAAACAUUGUGCGUGGUCGUGGCUUGCUCUGUCGCAGCAUUAUCCAAGCUCAAGCGGCCUCACCCACCUUUACGCAUGUCUACGCCGCCUUGGUAGCCAUUAUCAAUUCCAAGUUCCCGAACAUAGGGGAACUGCUGCUCAAGCGCUUGGUCAUACAAUUCCGACGUGCCUUUAGACGUAAUGAUAAAAUGGUUUGCAUGUCUGCCACUCGUUUCAUUGCUCAUCUUGUUAAUCAACGCGUGGCGCAUGAAAUUUUAUCACUGGAGAUGCUGACGCUGCUUGUGGAAAUGCCCACCGAUGAUUCGGUUGAGGUGGCCAUUUCGUUUCUUAAGGAAUGCGGCAUGAAGCUAACGGAGGUCUCAUCCAAAGGCAUUGGCGCUAUAUUCGAAAUGCUGCGGAAUAUCUUGCAUGAGGGCAAACUGGACAAGCGUGUUCAGUAUAUGAUUGAGGUGCUGUUCCAGGUGCGCAAGGAUGGCUUCAAGGAUCAUCCGGCAAUUGUGCACGAACUGGAGCUAGUCGAAGAAGACGAUCAGUUUACGCAUUUGAUGAUGCUGGACGAAGCCACCGAAACAGAGGAUAUACUGAAUGUCUUUAAAUUUGACGACGCCUUUGCUGAGAAUGAGGAAAAGUACAAGGUACUUAGCUAUGAAAUAUUGGGCAGCGAAGCGAGUGGCUCUGGCAGCGGCGACUCCAGCGGCUCGGGCUCCGGCUCAGACAGUGAUACAGAAGGCGGCUCCGGCGCUGAGGGAACAGCUGAGCAGGCUGGCGAUAUUAUUGACAAUACGGAAACAAACUUAAUCGCAUUACGUCGCACAAUUUAUUUGACUAUCAACUCCAGUUUGGACUAUGAGGAGUGUGCACACAAGUUGAUGAAGAUGCAGUUGAAGCCUGGCCAGGAGGGCGAACUGUGCCACAUGUUUCUCGAUUGUUGUGCUGAGCAGCGUACUUAUGAGAAAUUCUAUGGACUCUUAGCGCAACGAUUUUGUAGCAUUAACAAAAUCUAUAUACCGCCAUUCGAGGAGAUCUUCCAGGAUACUUAUCAGACGACGCAUCGUCUGGACACGAAUCGUUUGCGUAAUGUGAGCAAGUUCUUUGCACAUUUGCUGUUUACAGAUGCAAUUAGCUGGGAUGUGCUUGAGUGCAUCAAGCUGAAUGAGGACGAUACCACUUCAUCCAGUCGCAUUUUUAUAAAGAUUCUGUUCCAAGAGCUGGCGGAAUAUAUGGGCCUCGGCAAGCUGAAUGCAAAGCUUAAGGAGGAUGUGCUGCUGGACAGCUUGGCGGGACUGUUUCCCAAAGACAAUCCACGCAAUACGCGCUUUUCAAUCAAUUUCUUUACUUCCAUUGGUCUGGGUGGACUUACCGAUGAUCUGCGACGUUUUUUGAAGACUGCUCCCAAGGUGGUGCCUGCUAUAAAUGCAGAGAUUCUCAACAGCGGCACCAAUCCUUUCAAAGAGGGUGGAGCAGCAACAGCAGAAGGUGCAGUCGUAGUUUCAAGCAGUGACAGCAGCAGCGAAAGCAGUGAGAGCAGCAGCGACAGCGAGGACAGCUCCAAUUCCGACUCCAGCGAACCCGCACGCAAACGCAAGCGCAAGGAUAAAGAGUUGAAGAAAGCCAAGUCCAAGAAGCAUGAUAAGAAGCUGCAGAAAAAGGAGAAGCAGAAGAGAAAGAAAAAGGAGAAACAAAAAAUGAAAAAGGCAGCUAAGAAAAAGUCCAAACGCCAACGCAAAGUGAAGAGCAGCAGCAGCAGCAGCAGCGAGAGCGAGACCGGCAGCAGCGAUGAAGAUAGCGACAGCAGUUCAAGCAGCGACACAUCCAGCAGCAGCAGCGGUGCCAGCGCUAAGAAGGAGCAGCUCAAGAGCCAACGCAGGCAACGCGGCGCUAGCAAAAGCAAAGAGCAAACAAUCGUUGUCAAGCGCCGCGACAGCGAUGACUUCAAUCUGGAGGGACCAGUGGCAGCAGCACCGCAGACGCCAGCGACGCAGCGACAGCAGAAUGGACAUGGCAGGCUGCAAUCCGAAAGGGAACGCUCGCGAGAGCGACAACGGCCUAGAGAACGGGAGCGUGAAAGGGAACGACAGCCAGAGCGAGAGCGUGAACGACAGCCAGAGCGUGAGCGUGACCGGGAACGACAGACAGAGCGUGAGCGUGAACGGGAACGAGAGUCAGAGCGUCGGGGGCAACGUCAUGAUGAGGAGCAAAGAGGAAAACGUAAGCGUUCCACUGAACGCGUGCAAGAACGUCCAAGGGAGCGUGAGCGCUCGCGCGACAAACAAAGGGACAGAGAGCGGGAUCGUGAGCGUGAUAAUCAUAGAGACAGAGAGCGGGAUCGGGAGCGUGAACGUGAGCGAGAUAAUCGACCAACACGUCGGGAUAGAGAACGCGAGCGUCAUGAUUCACCACGACGCCAUCAUCAGCAUCAGCAACAUCAACGACGCAGCGUGUCCAAGGAGCGAGGCUAAUGCCUGCACCCUCUCCUCAUUGCAUUAUUAAUUGUAAUUAUAAUUUUGUCAACUGUGUACAAAGCAAACGAUCUGAGCCCCGCAGCAACAAUAUCAAAUGUACAAAAAAUAUAU